AUGGUCCCAAUCCCAACUGCCCAUGUGCUGCAGGUGGCCGUAUCCGACCAGAGCUCGCAGAGGGCGCUGCACGAGCUUUUCGGCGACCUCUCCUGGGAUGACACAGACUGGGAGGAAGCAUCUUUGGGUGAGGUUGUGCUGCCCGCAAACAAUGGCGGAUUUGGCCGGCCAAAUAGUGUUUCUUGGCCCGAGAUGGAGCCGAAUAGGUCCUCUAGCACUGUCGGCCAGUCCAGGGAAUCCUUGGAUAGGGGUGCCGACAUACUCCUGCAAAUUUCGAGACAUGGCGUCGUCAAGAAAGAACCAGAGGAGGAUGAAAUGGAAAUCUUGAAACAAAUCGAGGCUUUGAAGCGAAAGCAUGCCCUCUUGAAGGAAGCGAAGGCUUGGCUUGUGUUAGGGUUUGGGUUUAGUGUUCAGGGUCGUGCCACCGAAAGAGUCGACACUGCCGAGACACAGCAACAAGCAGAGGAAAAGGAGCUGGAGCGACAAGCAAAAGAAAAGGAGGCGAAGGAAAAGGAGGAAGCCGAACGACAGGCAAAGGAGCUGCAGCGACAGGCAAAGCACCGCGAGGAAGCCGAACGGCACGCAAAGGAAAGGGAACUCUGGCGACAGGCAAAGGAAAAGGAGGAAGCUGCAGAACGGGCAAGGGCAGAGCUUCAGCAACAGGCGAAGGACCGUGAGGAAGCUGAACGGCAGGCAAAGGAAAAGGAACUGCAGCGACAGGCCAAGGAAAAGGAGGAAGCCGAACGACAGGCAAAGGAAAAGGAAGUGCAGCGACAGGCAAAGGAAAAGGAGGAAGCCGAACGACAGGCAAAGGAAAAGGAACUGCAGCGACAGGCAAAGGAAAAGGAGGAAGCUGAACGACAGGCAAAAGACAAGGAGGCAAAGGAACAGGAGGAAGAGAGGGAGCUGCAACGACAGGCGCAGGAAAAAGAGGAAGCCGAACGACAGGCGAGGGAAAAAGAGCUGCUGCGACAGGCAAAGGAAAAGGAGGAAGCAAAGGAAAAGGAGGAAGCUGAACGACAGGCGAGGGAAAAGGAGCUGCAGCGACAGGCAAAGGAAAAGGAGGAAGCUGAACGACUGGCCACAAACAGACGAUCAGAGCUUGAGUCGGAUAUCGACAGGUAUCGGGCCAAGAAGGCUGACCUAGUCAUGAAGCAGGCAAAGCUGGCCGAACUUCAAAAGGAGUUGCAGGAGGUGUUAGCUGAGACCGACGCCAAAAUGGCAUCCCAGCAGGUGCCAUUGAUGCCAGGUCUUACCAAGCUGGAAACCCUAAGUCCCAAUGCCAACCCAAUCACCCCAACAGAGCCACUGUCCCCCUUGGAGCCAUCCAGCCAAGAUGCUCAAGAUGCCUGGCCUAGCCGCAGCCUGUUUCAAUCCCCGACACCGCCCCCUGCCCAAAGCACACCGAUCACGCCCCCGACGGCUGCAAAGUCUAUGAGCAUGGCACCGCCACCCCCAGGAAGCCUACGGCUGGCGAUUCCCAAAACCUCAGCGCCAGCGCCUGCAAAGGCACCUGUGAAAGCGUGCCCAAGCCCCCCGACUGCUGGAGCCCUCCAGAAGAGGGUUAUGAGAUGCAUGGAACCGAGCAGCAAGGGAGUUUACAAGGUGGCAAAGUGUAUUCGUGAUCAGUUCAAUGCCGGUGGCAAAUCCAAAGAGAAAGUUCUAAAGCUUUUCGCGAGCUGCGAGAACAAUCCGGAGAUUUUCAUCAACAAGUUUUCUGUGGAGCGGGAGAAGCAGUUUCAACUGGAGCUCGAGGUAGACUUCGAGUACUUAACUAAGAAGGAGAUGGCUGAAGAACAGAACAUGUCCCAGUCUGAGAUCGAUGAGUGUGUUGCACUAGCGGAGAAGAACCCCUCUCGGUACAUUCGGAAGCACCUCUACAAGCCUGGGCAGCUCCGGUACUACUGCGAGAUCAAAGUGAAAGGGCACAACAAGAAGACAGACACUAUGAGAUUGUUCGAGACGAUGGAGACUGAAGCCUUCGGGGCUGGCCUCAACAUGGACAUGGACUUGGACGAGACCCUGGAACAGGGCUCCGGUACCAUGCCGGAUUCGAUUGUGGAUGCAGCCGACGGGGCUGUUAAAUCGGGGCCUCUGAGCGAAGAUCUCAGUAAACUCUUGAAGCGGUUGGGAUACCCAGACAUACAUGACACUUCGAAGCCGUCGACCUUAAUCGAAAAGGCUAUCCUGGCUUGCACGAAAAGACUUAAGAAACUCUGGGAGAUGCUGCCAGCACGCACUGAAGAGAAGGACAAGGAGGCUGAGGUGGCUGAGGCUACUUCGGCUGAGGGCCCUUUGGUUUCGACCUCGAUGUACGCGAAGAUCCGGGCCGUCUAUGAUCAAGUGGAUUCCUGUUGCGAGAAUCUGCAGAAGUUCAAGGCUGAAGGUCUUCUGGAGGGCUACAGUGAGAAGCUGUUCAAUCGAUAUGGUUUGGCCCUCCGAGUUCCAAUCUCCUUUCUGGAUGUGCCGUCGAGCAGCGCGGAGGACAGCAUAACGAUUCCGUACUUGAAGAUAACAGAUUUCCUGAAGCAUUUGCUCAACAACUUCGAAGAAGUUUUGUUUGGGGGUAUGAAGGCGGAUUCCGAUGCUGCCCGAGAUCUUUGCAGUACGUUUUGGAGCCGUUACCAGAAGCAUCAUCCAGAGCACGUGAUCUAUUCCGAAGUAGAUGCAAAAGAUCGAUCUGUUUGUGUUCCAGUUCUGGUUCACGGCGACAAGGGCAGAACUUUACAGAAAUCCCCCAUCUUUGUCAUGAACUUCGAACUUGUUUGGGGCCUUCCGCUAGACAUGCUAAAGAAGGUUGCCUAUGAUACUCGUCGCAACACACGGCAUGACAUGCAUGAUGGGCAUCUGAAAUGGUCUUGUGGCCGCCGUGCAUCCGGGAAGCGGAGCUUUAGUCAGAUGUGCUUCGAUAGUUGCACUGUUCAUGAUCCUGCUGUGCGUCUGAACCCAAGAAUCAAAGGCAAUGCCCAACGCCACAACAAUCGUGGGCACAGUUACCUGAGCCGCUUCCUGAUUGCAGCAAUCCCUUCGAAGGUCUACAACAAGAAUGAACACGUCCUUCCAUCCUUGUUGAAGCAAGCAGCUCUGGAUCUAACCGAUGGUUUCCGCAGAGGCCUGCUGCACGAGAAAUCAGGAACACAGUUCCGGUUUGUGUUCUUGGGGGCUAAAGGCGACGCAGAGUGGCACUUUGAGGCCGGUACCUUUACACGGUCGUACCAUCGAACCGGGACAGUCAACAGUGCUCCUAUUUGCCCGCUCUGUCAUGCUGGCACCGAAGGUGUAAGCUACACAGAUGUCUCUGAUGCGCCCGAGUGGCUGGACACCGUAGGAUCAUCAGUGCCAUGGGAAAGCACGCCGCCACUCAAUCUGGCCCCUUACUCUAGCACCUUUCCAGCCAACUUAUACAAAUUUGAUCCAUUUCAUGUUUUGAAAUUCGGAAUAUUCCGUGAUGCUGUUGGGAGUACGAUCGUGAGACUGGCACUGAUGGGCUACUUUGACUUUUCUGCUGAGGAUCCUAAGAACAUAAGUGAUCGUCUCAUGAGGGGGUUCUCACUCUACAAGAUGUGGUGCAUGGCAGCAGGAAAGAAUGCUUCGUUGAAGAGCUUCAGCAAGGCGAACAUGAAGUUCGAGACUUUUUCAAAGUUUGCUUGGGCGAACUGUAAAGGAAGCGAGGUCGUUAUGCUGAUGCAAUGGCUAGAUUUCCUCGUGCCGACCCAUGUGGCUGAGCCAAAGCAGGCAUCCGAUUCGGUGUUUUUGCGAGCAGUAGCCCAGAUGAUUCGUGGGGGCUUAGACUAUAUCGGAGUCAUGCACUCGCAUGGCAUCUGGCUCCCACUAAACUGUGCCAAGGUUCAGCUACAUGGGGGUUUGAGUUUCGCUCGAGGGUACGCUUUCCUCGCCGAACACCUCAUGAGUUGUCAAGCGGCAGGGUUUCGCUUGAGACCCAAAUUGCACUACUUUAUGCACUUGCUAAUGCCCUUGAAGUCCGCGAUUGACAACGACGAGCCGUGGGUUCUUAACGAAGCCAUUCACCUUUGCGAGGCUAACGAGGAUUACAUAGAAGCCAUGGGCUUGUCCGGCUCGCACCUGCACUGUGAGACAGUCAGGGAUGUCAGCCCGUUCACUACAGAGAUCAUUGUCGUGAACAACAUGCAGACCCCGCUUUUGCUGAUCGAGGCCCGACAUCACGGAGAUGCGACCCCUGCCAACGGUAUCGAACAUCAGGUUCCACCGGGGGAGCAUGCCAUCAUGUCCGGUUACCUGGUGGAGCCUCGCGCAACGAUCUUCAUCCGUACAGGUCUCCACACAGCCAAGAAGAUCCAAGUCCCAAAUCUUGGGCGCAUUUCCGUGAGCAACGAGCCACAUGGUCUACGGGUCGAGACAGUGGAUGAAUGUGUCACGAUUGAGGAUUUUGAUGGGGAUGCAGCUCUCAUCAAAGGAAACGACACUGUGCCAAUGCUGAUGCGGAACGAGCACUUUAAGGACGUGGCCCCGGAGAACAGCCCGCAAGCGAUCAAAGUGGGCGGCGCCUGA